AUGAUGAAUGGACACUUUGGGGAACAUGGGUUUCGUGUAAUGAAAGUUGCGGAUGGUGGUUGGUCUCUUUGGGAAAACUGGGGACCAUGCAGUGAGAGCUGCGGUAUUGGAGUACGUAUACGAUCAAGAUCAUGCACUAAUCCAACGCCUUCAUUGACUGGUCGAUCAUGUGCAGGAUAUUAUACAGAUGUUAGUACAUGUAACAGGACAACGUGUCAUGAACACAAUGUGGCAUUCACAGCGUACAGUAUAUACAAGAAUUCUUUUAACGACACUACCCUCCUGUUCCAGAACACCUACAUCAACAAUGGAAACGCAUAUAACACCACCACAGGAGAAUUUACAUGCUUUAUUCCUGGUGUUUACCAUUUUGUUAUGACUUUAACAAAGGAGAUUGGAGAUAUUAGCUAUGUAAGAGCAUUUUUAAGAAUCAAUGGUAGAUAUAAGCUUCCGCUGUACCUUAACCCUAUAGGCAAUGAACGUGGUAUGUACAUGAUGUCUGGUGCUGGCACCUUCCAUCUAGACCAGAAUGAUAUCGUAGAUGUUUAUGGAAUUCCUUACAAUUAUCAUAAUGGUCAUUAUUCUUACUUCACCGGGUUCUUGAUAACCCCAGAUCAAUAACUACGUUCAUUAUUUAUUGCAACGUGAACAAAUUGCAAUCAUGCAACUUAGCAAUUCCAAAACAAGGAUUUGCUUAAUAUUUCAUUUCCAAAAAUCACCAAACUAGAUAAAACUGAGCAGAGAUCAUAUAUUUAAAACGACUUACUUGUUUCUCAUCCUGAAAACAACAUACAAUAAACUGUAUGUUUAAAACACUUACAGCUUGCAAAAUUCAUGGAAACCUAAUUACUGAAGGUAGCUCGAUUUCAAAAAUAAACAAACAAGUCAUAUUUUAAAAACAUGAAAAGUUAGUUUAUGUGUUCGAUUGAGUAAGUUUGCUGUUGAUUACAAGGUAUAAUUUACACAUUACAAAAUAAAAAAUAAAAUAAACAUAUUCUAACAUUUAUUAUUUAUACGAAAAUAUCUUUAUACUUCAGCAAACGAAAACACCUAAUAUUUCAAAUGAAAUCGAAUUUCAUAAAGCUAGCCGUAGGCACGAGUACAUUCAAUAGUGUAGCAUACCGCUAACAUUUCUGAAGUGAUGUUUUUUCUGGUUUUUCUACUUUACGCAACAUUAUUCUAGAGUUUCGUUAUUUUGUGACAAAAGAAUGAACAGUAUCAAUUUAUAUUACCUUUCGUAUGAAUUGUGAAUAUAUAGUAUGUACAAUUACGUGCAUGACCCCUUCAGUUUUAAAAUAUAUUCCUUUAAAUGGACAUUAUGUUUCAGAAGAUUAUACAUUAGCACAUACAGGAUGCACACAGAUAUAUAUACAUAUUGUAUGAUGUAUAUAAGUGUUUCAAAGGAAGCAUUUGGUAACAUAAAUUUAUAUCAUUGUUUAUAUGUUGUUUAUAUGUUGUGCACAGUAAGUAUUUUGCUUAAUUUUCUGAUUGGUUCCAGGCAUUGUCAUUGUUAUAUAUCAUGUGCAAAUAGUCGUUGAUAUUGGCCGGUGGCCAACAUCAAUAAAAUAAAUUUUCAUUGUCAUAGUGAUUGCCAUAUUUAAAAUGUUUUUCUGGUACUAUUGCUUAUACAUGGAAAAGAAAUCGAGCUUAAGUAAAAACAGAAUGUUUCAGCGAUAUAGUUACAGUAAUUAGCAAUAAUCAUGUAAUUAGUAAAAUGUACAUGAAAACUCAUUACUCAGCUAUUCAGGCAAUACUUACUUGUUUUUAAGCAUUUUAGCUGUAUUUUCUGUCAACUUCAGCAGUGUUGAUGUUUGUUUUAAAUAGCCUAUCCUUGAUAUUGGGAUGUACAUCUUGAGAUAUUCACCUUUUAAUCAUUGGAUUUAAAUGAUAUUUUUCCCGAAAAGAAUGCAUUUGGACGAUUUGAUUUCUAACUAUUUCAUUAAUAAAUGGAAGUCAAUUUUAGAUUUUUUUUGUUAUGUUUAUUAAUGCUUUUCCUAUAAGACAAUUUAUUAUAUAUUUGAUACUUAUAAAAUCAAAUUGACCAUGUCUCGAAUGCAACAAUGUGUAGAGUUGAUUUUUGCUGUUAACAUGAAUUAAUGACAUGAACCAUAUGAUUUCAGUUAAAUGUUGUUUCCGAUUUAAUGUCUUCAUUGUCUAUAUUACAUAUAUGUUAUAUGAAAAAAUAUGCAAUGUUUAUUGAAACAAGGUCUUGCUCUAAAUUUCAUAAUCUUUAGAUAAUUAGUACAGGCCCAGAUGUCUUGUAUUAAUAGUGAUUUAUAUAUACAAAAUAUAGCAUAUAAAACUUUAGCUCAUAAAGGUCUGAAAGGAAAGCUUUUGGAAUAUGUGGCGUCUAUCUUUUGUCCGUCAAACCGUACUUUCGCCCACAUACAUUUUACCUAACGACUGUUUACCAAUAAUGGAUAAUAAAUAUGAUUGUUUACAAACAUCGAAUACAUACUUUGGCAGUGGUUGUUGAUUUGCUUGCCCCUGUUAUGGAUAUUUAAAACAUGCUCGGUCACCAACAUCCUUCGGUUUUCUGCCGACGUUAAUACACAAAAAACGUGUACAAUCCCUGUAUUGGUAAGAUAAUUAAAAGAUAAUGGAAUUUAGUUUUAAUCAGCAUAUAAACAAUUACGUGACUAUUAACGUAUUGCGCCUAUGAAAGAGCAAAGCAUUUUUAAUAUACAAUGUAUUGCAUUUCAUUCUCAGCGGAAUAAGAAAAACAAAAAAAGAUAGUAUGUAAAUGUAACUGACGUUGUUAUCACAGUGUAAAUAUGAAUGAACACCAAUUUAUCUUGUUAAUAAUGUCAUGCAAUUAAACCGAUGUUAUAUGCUUAAUAUCAUAUAAUAUAUGUUUUACACAGUAUGUUGGACAAACACAUUAUUUACAAUGUUCACAAAGAAUUAUCAAUCACAGUCAUAAUAUUGAUACACAUUGUUAUUCAGAAACAACAUACUGACCUUUCUGAACAUUUUAACUUUCAGUGACAUAUCAUCCAGAAAUUCUAUUUUAUGCCUAUCGACAAAGUAUCUAAUCUUUUCAAAAGGCUUUGGAAAAAGACAUCUUUCAAUGACAUAUACAUUUGUUUUUAUAUACUCAUGUAUUGAAUUUGUGUGUGUUCAAUAAUCAAUUUUCACUGGCAUCAUAAAUUACCAAUUGCAUUUAUAUUGCUUUUUACAACAGUAUCAAUGUAUUAUAAAAUGACAACUUUUACAAUUUUUCCGCCAAAUUAUUUGUCAAAUUUUUACGUCGUCGUCGAUUUCGGCGUUGUACCUUGACGUCAUUUCCUGUAUCAUUUUUA